AUGACAAAGCUUGUCAGGAGGACCGCCUGGGUCCAGCGUGCGAUUUGCAAUUUCGCCUCAGCCGUCCCUAGAUUGAAGCGUGUUGCCUGCAAGGAGCCAGACAUUACCGCGAAGGAGUAUGAGCAGAGUUUCCAGUUGUGGGUUGAAGUCGCCCAGCGCGAUGCGUAUGGUAAAGAACUCCAAUUUCUGGAAGACGGAAAACCUCUUGGAUCCGACAGUGACUUGUUUAGUCUGAUGCCGUUCCUGGAUAGGAAGUUGAAGUGUCUGCGUGUUGGUGGUCGAGUUGGAAAAGCACCAGUCCCAGAUGGUUCAAAGCAUCAGAUUAUACUGCCUGCCGACCAUCAUAUUACCAGACUCAUCGCAGACAAAGUCCACAAGGAGCUGAGACAUGGGGGACAAGAGCACAUAAUCGCGGAACUGCGCCAGUCAUACUGGCCUGUCAAAGCCAGGCUCGUUGCAAAGCAAGCAAUUCGACGUUGUUUCUACUGCUAUAUGCGAAAGGUUAGAACAAGAAUACCAAGAAUGGCCGAUCUUCCCCUCUGUCGUCUUGAUGUCACCUCGGGAGUAUUUCGCCAUGUGGGUGUUGAUUACUGGGGUCCCAUGUUGGUAAAAGUACGUAGGAGCACAAUUAAACGGUGGGGCUGUCUGUUUACGUGUCUAGUCACUAGGGCAGUUCAUCUUGAAUUAGCAGAUUCUUUAGAAACCGAUGACUUUCUGCUCUGUUUGCGUUCAUUCAUUGGGAGAAGGGGGCAUCCGGUUGAUUUAUACAGUGACAACGGGACAAAUUUCUGUGGUGCUAGUUCAGAACUCGCAAAAUGCUUACAGGACCUAGACCAAAUUCAGAUUUAUGGUUUCUUGUCACCUCAAAGUAUCGUGUGGCAUUUCAAUCCGCCUUCGGCGCCACAUUUUGGCGGGGCUUGGGAGCGCAUAGUUAGUUCUGUAAAGAAAGCGUUGAGUGCCACCCUUAAAAACACAUUGGAUAGUGACACUGUGCUGCGUACUGCAUUGAUUGAGGUUGAAGCCGUCUUAAACAGCCGACCACUUACCCACAACAGUCCUGACCCCGAAGACUUCGAGCCACUCACACCAAACCACUUCAUCCUUGGAAGGUCUGACAACAAAUUGCCGCCUGCCGCAUGUGCAGACAAGGAAGUAAACAGUCGACGCAGGUGGCGUCGGUGCCAGGUGAUCGCGAAUCAAGUCUGUCGGCGAUGGCAGAGAGAAUAUCUACCGACUCUCACAGCCAGAGAUCGCUGGACCAAGGAUAACAAGUCAGUGGUGGUUGACAGUUUGGUCAUGAUUGUGGAAGACAAUCAACCGAGAGGAAAGUGGGAUCUGGGCAGGAUAACCGCAGUGUAUCCCGGGGAAGACGGUAGAGUCCGCGCUGUUGAUGUCAAGACAGCAUCAACCACUCUUCGCAGACCAGUCGCAAAAAUCUGUGUACUGGAGGAACAUGCGCAUCGUCCUCGCGAAUCCAACAAUAAUUGA